GACAACACCUCAUCCUCACCCGCUCCCACCAGCGGCACCACCAUCACUUGGCAGGCAAACGAGCCGUCUCUACCCGACAUUAUCUCCAGUCAGACUCCGCUGGAAAGGAGGCUGAAAUGACGGAUGCAGCCAUGGACGAGAGACCCGGGGACACUUUAUUUACACCCGAAGAAGCUGUCCAAGUUUAGGGGGAAGCCGCUGCGUGCGUUUUCCCCUCGUUACUUUCACCGACCCCCUCCUCCUCCGCUGGCAGAAAUUUAUAAAGAACAAAAAAUCCGACGAGGGAGGGAGGAGGGGGGUUGAUUAUACGCCGAGGCUGAAAUCGAGAGGCGAACCCAGGGAAGAGGAGUAAUUUCUACACGGGACUUUCCCCCUCUUAAUCCCCCCAAAGGAGGGGGAAAAGUCGCAAUAUUGGAAACGGAAAGGAAUCAGCUUCUGACAGCGUGAAAUCGUUUGCAAUUGUGGAUACUUUAUAUAUUUUUAUUUCGAAAAAAAUAUGGCCGAGAACGUUCUGGACUCUGGCCCGCCUUCAGCCAAGAGGCCUAAACUCUCCUCUCCGGCACUUUCCGCUUCUGCCAGCGAUGGAAACGAUUUUGGCUCACUGUUUGACUUGGAGCAUGACCUUCCAGAUGAGCUCAUCAGCGCUAACGAACCAGGCCUUGUCAAUGGGGGAGAUCUCAACCAGUUGCACACCACCCUUGGGGGAGGCCCAGGUGGUCUCGGUCCAGGAGGAGGCAGCGGAGGCCCCGGAGGAGGGAUGGGAUUUGGGCUCGGUCCAGGAGGAGGUGCCGGAGGCAUCGGCGGCGGUCAGGAUGCGGUGGCCAAGCAUAAACAGCUGUCAGAGCUGUUGCGUUCAGGGGGACCUACGUCCACCCCGCAGGGACACCAAGGGGCCUUGGGGAGCGCGGGAGGCCCUACCGCCAUUGGACAACACAUGGCAAACAUGAAGGCAUGCCCUGGGCAGGUACCUCAGCAGAUAAUGGGGCAAGGACAACAACACCUCUCCCCCCAGCAGCAGGCGAACAUGAUGCAGCAGAAUGCCGUCGCCGGAAUGAUGGGUGGCAUGAACAGGGCCAUGAUGGCGGCACAGCAGAAAGGAAAUAACGGACAGUCGCAACCAGGCAUGAUGGGGAACCAGGUGAUGAAUGGCUCUCCCAGGAUGGGCUUUGGAAAUCAAGGGAUGGGCGGCAACAGCAACCUGUUGGCUGAAACGUUGCAGCAACAGGGAGGCGGGGUUCAGGCAGGCAUCAGAGGACAACAACCUGGUGCUUUGAACAAGAUGGCGAUGAUGGGCAACCAAGGGGUCUCUUUUGGCGGUCCAUAUGCAGGGCAGGGGAAUCAAGGCCUCGGGGGUGCAGGACUGGGCCCUCAACAUCAGAAUAAAGGCUCCAUGGCCAACAGCCUGGCUCAGUUCAAUGCGGACAAGAAAAGUCAGCCCAUUCAAGGAAUGGCCACCAUGGGCUCACCGCAGUCUCAGUCGAGUGUAAGCGGGCCCUCGGUUGCACCUGUGGGAGGGGCACCCGGCAUGAUUCCCGGUGCUCAAGGAGGUCUGGUGGGUCCCGGCACCCAGGUCUCGGCGGCCUCCGCCGCGGCCGGAGCGCCGCCCACCGCUGAUCCCGAGAAGCGCAAACUGAUCCAGCAGCAGCUCGUUCUCCUGCUUCAUGCUCACAAAUGUCAGCGACGCGAGCAGGCCAACGGCGAGGUCCGACAGUGCAACCUGCCUCAUUGCCGGACCAUGAAGAAUGUCCUCAAUCACAUGACUCAUUGCCAAGCUGGCAAGAAUUGUCAGGUUGCUCACUGUGCAUCGUCAAGGCAAAUCAUCUCCCACUGGAAGAAUUGCACUCGACAUGACUGUCCAGUCUGCCUGCCACUGAAGAAUGCCGGGGACAAGAGGAACCCGCAGUGUGAGUCUCUUCUUGGUGCAGCUGCUGCAGGUCUGAGCAGUUCCCUUGGGUCAGUGCCUGGUAGCCAAGCAAGUGCUCCGAACCUCAAUCCGCCGAGCCAGAUUGACCCGAGUUCAAUAGAAAGAGCCUAUGCAGCACUGGGUCUCACCUACCAGGGAAACCAGAUCCAGGGUCAGCAUUCUCAGCCCAACAUGCCCAACCAAGCCCUCCAAGGCCAGCCUGGUAUGAGGCCGAUGAACCCAAUGGGAGCAAGUCCUAUGGGAGUUAAUGGCGGCGUGGGUGCCCCUUCUCAGAAUCAACAAGCCAACUUACUGCAAGACACUAUGAUGCAUCUCAAUGUGAAUAGCCAGGGUUUGAUGAAUGAUGGCAGUGGGGUGGGCUCCAUGCCCACAGCAGGUCCUCCCUCUACCACAGGAAUGAGAAAAAGCUGGCAUGAGGACAUCACGCAGGACCUGCGAAACCACUUGGUACACAAGCUCGUUCAGGCCAUCUUUCCUACUCCAGAUCCCGCAGCUUUAAAAGACCGCCGGAUGGAGAACUUGGUGGCUUAUGCCAGAAAAGUUGAAGGAGACAUGUAUGAGUCAGCCAACAAUAGAGCUGAGUAUUAUCACUUACUCGCCGAGAAGAUCUAUAAAAUCCAAAAAGAGCUGGAAGAGAAGAGGAGGACCCGUCUCCAGAAGCAAGGUCUUGGUCUUGGGCCUGCCAGCAUGGGUCAGUCUCCUGCUGGACUUCCUCCGAACGGUCCCCUCCCUGACCCAUCUAUGGUACGACCCACUGGACCCAAUCAAAUGGUCAACAGGAUGCAAAGCCCAGGCAUGAAUCAAUUCAAUCAGAUGGGGAUGCAGUCAAUGGGCCAGAGGUCCACUCCUCCUCUCCCCUUGGGAGCAUCUGGCAAUCAGAUGGGGAUCGUUGGACCUAGGAUGGGUCAGCCUAACGUCAACCAGCUCCAGAACCAAUAUCUGUCCCAGGGGCAGUUUCCUGGCUCAGGACCUGUGGUCGGAACAACUCCUCCUGGGAUGGCGCAUCCCGGACCCCAGGGAGGCAUGGCACAAACGCAGAUGGGCACUCCUCCCUCUCUCCCAGUUGCGAGUCCUUUAGCACAACCGGCUUCCGCAAGCGGUUCCAGCGGAGUCUCCACGGUGGGGCCCAUGGGUCCUCAGAGUGUCUGUGGCGGAGGCCCCAACGUGACGGUUGGAGCCCCCACCUCCUCGAUGACUCCGAAUGCAAACCAGCAACCCAACUCCAUCCCCCAUUUAGGAGCCAUGCGUGGCAGCUCGCCCUCCCCAGCUCACAGCCGCUCACCGACACCUCACCAGACACCCCCCCGACUCGCCGGCUCCCAGACCCCACAGCCGCACACCCCUAAUGCACCGCAGUUGGCACCACCUCAACCCCCCCAGCAGAACCAGCUUGGUCAGGGUCCCGGCUCCAACAAGCCCCUCCAGCAGCCGCACAUUGGGGCUGGCUCCACGACGCCAUCUCACCCUGGACUUGGCUCAAGCGCAACACCACAUGGCGCUCAGCUGCCGCGCACUCCGUUAUCCCAAAAGGGUUCAUUCCAAGCGGACAGUCAGGCUAUGACCCCAGCCUCUGUCAGCAGCCUGGAUAAUUCCUCCCAGCAGGUACAGUCGGACACCACGGCCGCCAUCCCAGACCAUAAGUCAGAAGUCAAGCAGCAGGACGACGCCGAGGAGAGCGACUCCGGCGGCGGCUCCAAGGGGGGCAAGCUCGGCAAUGUCAAAAUGGAGGAGAGCCCUGUGAAGAUCGAGGUGAAAAAGGAGGAGUGUUCCGCAGAAGGAGGCAAGGUAGUUCCAAUGGAUACUUCGGCCGCCCCGCCAAUGUCGGUUGUAAAAACUGAAGACAAGAAACCAGAGGUGAAAAAGGAGUUGAAAGAAGAACAAUCGUCCGACGCAGCUGUAUCACAGGCACCGGCAAAAAAGAAGAUUUUCAAGCCAGAAGAGCUUCGCCAGGCCCUGAUGCCAACACUGGAGUCCCUCUAUAGGCAGGAACCGGAGUCGCUGCCCUUCAGGAUGCCCGUUGAUCCACAGCUGCUGUGCAUACCCGACUAUUUUGAUAUUGUUAAGAACCCCAUGGAUUUGUCCACGAUCAAGCGGAAGCUAGACACGGGUCAGUAUCAGGAUCCCUGGCAGUAUGUGGAUGACAUCUGGUUGAUGUUCAACAAUGCGUGGCUGUACAAUCGCAAAACCUCUCGAGUUUACAAGUGCUGCUCGAAACUGGCGGAGGUCUUCGAGCAGGAGAUUGACCCAGUCAUGCAGAGACUUGGCUACUGUUGUGGACGAAAGCUGGAGUUCUCCCCUCAGACACUGUGCUGCUACGGAAAGCAGCUGUGCACCAUUCCCCGAGACGCUGCUUACUUCAGCUACCAGAACAGGUACAGAGGAAGGAAGUUCUUAUCGUCGCGGCGAAUAGAGAAGUUCGAAAAGAAGCGCAAUUCACCAAAAUUUGGGCUUAUUGCUGACAGGUACCACUUCUGCGAGAAGUGUUUCAACGAGAUCCAGGGAGAGACCGUGUCCCUGGGUGAUGACCCCACUCAGCCGCAAACAUCCAUCAACAAAGAGCAGUUUGAGAAGAAAAAGAAUGACACACUGGACCCUGAACUGCUUGUUGAAUGUUUGGACUGUGGACGCAAAAUGCACCAGAUUUGUGUCUUGCACAAUGAAACAAUCUGGCCAUCGGGUUUUGUAUGUGAUGGCUGCCUCAAGAAGUCGAAUAAGACAAGGAGGGAGAACAAGUAUUCUGCUAAAAGGUUGCCUCAGACGAAGUUGGGGUGUUUCCUGGAGACGAGGGUGAACGACUUUUUGAAACGUCAGAGUCACCCAGAGGCCGGUGAGGUCUUCAUCCGGAUGGUGCAUGUUUCGGACAAAGUUGUGGAAGUGAAACCUGGCAUGAAGUCCAGAUUUGUGGAUAGCGGAGAGAUGUCGGAGUCUUUCCCGUACAGGACAAAAGCCCUUUUUGCAUUUGAAGACAUUGACGGCGCGGAUGUCUGCUUUUUUGGAAUGCACGUUCAAGAGUACGGCUCAGACUGCCCGCAGCCUAAUCAGAGGCGAGUUUACAUCUCGUACCUGGACAGCGUGCAUUUUUUUCGGCCGCGAAGUCUGCGAACGGCCGUUUACCAUGAAAUUCUCAUUGGCUACUUGGAAUACGCCAAGAAGUUGGGCUACACAACUGGGCACAUCUGGGCCUGUCCGCCCAGUGAAGGGGAUGACUACAUCUUCCACUGCCACCCUGCUGAUCAGAAGAUCCCAAAGCCAAAACGCCUCCAAGAGUGGUAUAAGAAGAUGUUGGAUAAAGCGGUAGCUGAGCGAAUAGUGCACGACUACAAGGAUAUCUUCAAGCAGGCGACAGAGGAUCGUUUGACCAGCGCCAACGAGUUGCCUUACUUUGAAGGCGACUUUUGGCCCAAUGUGCUGGAAGAGAGCAUUAAAGAGCUGGAGCAGGAGGAGGAAGAACGCAAGAGGGAGGAGAACAGCACUUCGAAUGAGAGUAUUGAUGACAAUAAAGGUGACAGUAAAAAUGCCAAGAAGAAGAACAAUAAGAAGACGAGUAAGAACAAGAGCAGCCUGAGCCGAGCCAAUAAGAAGAAGCCGGGGAUGCCCAAUGUGUCCAAUGACCUUUCACAGAAGCUCUAUGCCACCAUGGAAAAACACAAAGAGGUAUUCUUUGUGAUCCGGCUGAUCGCGGGCCCAAUGGCCAAUGCGCUGCCCCCCAUCGUCGACCCCGAUCCGCUGAUGGCCUGCGACCUCAUGGACGGGCGCGACGCUUUCCUGACGUUGGCCCGGGACAAACACCUGGAGUUCAGCUCACUCAGGCGGUCUAUGUGGAGCUCCAUGUGCAUGUUGGUGGAGUUGCAUAACCAAAGCCAAGACCGCUUCGUCUACACGUGCAAUCUGUGCAAGCACCACGUGGAGACUCGCUUCCACUGUACCGUGUGCGAGGACUACGACCUUUGCAUCACGUGCUACAACACUAAGGGCCACGAGCACAAAAUGGAGAAGUUAGGCCUCGGUUUGGACGACGAGAGCAGCAACCAGACGGGCGCCACCACUCAGAGCCCGGGAGACUCGCGUCGCCUCAGUAUCCAGCGCUGCAUUCAGUCGCUGGUCCACGCGUGCCAGUGUCGCAACGCCAACUGCUCUCUGCCGUCCUGCCAGAAGAUGAAGCGCGUCGUCCAACACACUAAAGGCUGCAAGAGAAAAACCAACGGCGGCUGCCCCAUCUGCAAGCAGCUUAUCGCCUUGUGUUGCUACCACGCCAAGCACUGUCAGGAGAACAAGUGCCCGGUGCCGUUCUGCCUGAACAUCAAGCACAAGCUCUGUCAGCAGCAGCUGCAGCACAGGCUCCAGCAGGCCCAGAUGCUGAGGAGGCGGAUGGCCAGCAUGCAGAGAGUUGGCAAGCCGGCUCCAGGAGGCGCUCCGGGGGGCAACGGCCUGCCCUCUCCGGGAGCCAACAACGGCGCGACCGGUCCCGGGACGCCCACUUCUGUCGGCACGCAGCCUCCCACGCCGCAGACGCCCACCCCGGGAAACAUGCUGGCGCUUCCUCAGCAGCCGGGAAUCGGGGCUGCUGCCGCACAGCAACAGCAGGUCCAGCAGCAGAGUGGCGCCAUUCCUCCUCAGCAUCACCUGCACCAUCAGUUUCAGUUGAUGGGCACGGGAGGCGGAGGGGGGGUAAUGAACUCCCCCCAGCAGCAGAUGGUGCCGCCGCUGCAGCAACAGCAGCCCCCCAAUGUACAGCAACUGCAGCAGCAGCACGCCGGCGCUUUGCCGCCAUACAAUCCCAGAGCACCGGGAGCUUCUCCUCUCCACCAGUCGCUGGGGAAACCUGGACUCGGUCCUGCCACCCCACCUCAGCAACAACAAACAGCCAACCAGCUUCAAGGAUCCAUGCCCGUUCAAGGUCAGCAGCAAGGACCCCCUUUGGCAGCGGUCGAGACGGCCCUAAAAAUUCAACGGCUAGCAGAGACCCAGAGACAGAUGGCUCAGGCCCAGGCUCAGAUCCGAAGUUUAGGACAAGGGGGGAUGAUGCCCCAACAUCCUCAUCACCAAAACAACCCGGCCCAGAUGGGCAUGCCUCACAUGGGAGCUCAGGGGAUUCCCCCCCAGGCUCAAGGAAUCGUAGGCAGAACUAUGUUAGACCCCCAACAGCAGGGGAUGCUGGCUGGUAUGCAGCAAGGCGGCCCCCAGUCUCAGUUGCCCCCUCAAGUCCAGCAGCACCUCCAGCCCGGAGGCGGCGGGCAACUUCAGCAAGCCAACCAGCAGUGGGGGCCCGGCGGACCGGCGCUGAACCCGCAGCAAAGGUCCGCCAUGAUGGGUCACAUGACGGCCCAGCAGCAGUCGGCGGUCGCCCAGCAACAGCAGCAGCAACUCAACCAGCAACAAACCCAGCCGGGAAACCGCGGGCUGAUGCAGGUGAUGUCGGGAGGUGCGGCGGGGGCAGUGGGGCCGGGAAGCCUGCCGCAAGGCGCGCUACAGGAACUCCUGAGAACGCUGCGCUCCCCGAGUUCGCCCCUCCAGCAGCAACAAGUCCUCAACAUCCUCCGCUCCAACCCCACGCUCAUGGCGGCAUUCAUCAGGCAGAGAGCGGCCAGAUAUCAGGGCGGGCAAGGGGGGCCUCCGCAAGGCUCUGGGGGCGUGAGAUUCCAAGGGACUGCUGGCGGGCUCCCUGGCGUAGGAGUCGGAGGGCCCGGGCCCAAUCAGUUGGCCGGCAUGGACGGCCAGCAGAUGAAUGUGAACCAAGCGGGUCAACCGGGAAUGAACAUGGCCCAGGGGGGCGGUGCAGCAGCAAAUGUGCCCACCAUGGCUCAGCUUCAGCAACUUCAUCAGCAACAGCGUCCAAUGUUGCCUGGCAACCUACAACAACAGCAAAUGGCAGCCCUGCAGCAGCAGCAGCAGCAGCAGCAGCAGCAGCAGCAACAACAACAACAACAACAACAACAACAACAACAACAACAACAACAACAACAACAACAACAACAACAACAACAACAACAACAACAACAACAACAACAACAACAACAACAACAACAACAACAACAACAACAACAACAACAACAACAACAACAACAACAACAACAACAACAACAGCAGCAGCAGCAGAUGGUGAACCACGGACAGUUCCAACAAGGACAGCAGGGCUUCAUGCAGCCUGGCCAAGGGCAGCCAGGAAUGCCCCAGUCUUCCCAAUCCCAACCUGGGGGCAGCGUGAGGGGUCCGGGGCAGCAGCAGCAAGGAGGUCCACAGGGCGGUCCGGGGCAGCAAGGCUACCCGAGCAACGCUUCUCAAGUGGCCGCCGCUCUCCAGCAAAGGCUGCACCAAAUGCAGAUGCACCAACAACAGCAACAGAAUUCCAUGGGAGGGCCUCAAGGGCAAGACGGAGGUCCAGGUAGCGGUGGGUCGGGGGGCAACCCCCUCCAGCCGGGACAAAGCGUACCCGGGCAGCAACAGCCAGGCGGCCCCCCGCUGCCCCAGACUUCCCAAGCUCUGAUUCACCAGAACAUCCACCAGAGGCUCCUCCAGCAACAGCACCUGGGUGGGGGCUCCCCAGCGCAGCACAGCAGUCCCAUGAGCCCCCAGCAGCAGAUGGCCCAGUCCCCGCACCCUCACCUCCAAGGCCAAGGCGGCCUGGGUCCGGCGGGCGCGCUGGGCAAUCAGGUGAGGUCGCCACAGCCGUCGCCGCGGCCGCAGUCGCAGCCCCCCCACUCCAGCCCGUCCCCGCGCAUGCAGCCCUCGUCGUCGUCAUCGCAGCCGCAGCCGUCGCCGCACCGCAUUUCCCCGCAGACCCAGAGCAGCUCGCCCCACCCCGCCCACAUUGGCCAACAUCACCCCAAUAUGGCCCCACCUCAACCGUUGCAGCAACAGCCGCCGCCAGGCGGUCCCGUAGAUCCCGGACAGUUCAGCUCGGACCAGAACUCCAUCAUUUCUCAGCUGAGUGGCAUGGCAGCCAUGCACGCCAACCAAGGGGGACAGUCGGACAUGUUGGCCCCAGCUAAUAAUAAUAAUACUAAUAACAACAACAACCAGGAACUGGCAGCGAACAUGAACCACAACAGUUUGGACCUCAUGUAGCACAUUUGUGUGUCUUCAUGACAAACUGCCACCACAGGAGAGGGUAGUCCAACUAAGGAUUUUACAAGUUUUCAUUUUUUUAUUUAAAUAUUUUUGUGACGUAUGAAAAUGAACUGAAGCUUCCUAUGGGAGAUCCGCCGCAGAAAAUCCUAGAAGUCAAUAAAUGAAUAAAUUAAAAACAAUGGUAAGUUAUUGCUGUUAAUAUAUAUCUAUUUUUGCCAGCUGUGUACAAAAUGGUGGAAGGGCAACAUUUCAGGUUGAAGAUAUUUCUUCCGUAGUCUAUUACACAAUAUUUUUGGGGACAAUGUUUUUUUUGUUUUUUUGCGCCUUUUUAAUGAAUAUCUUUAAGAUUUUAAAUGUGGUGAAAAAUUUAAGUGAGUUGACAAGCUGUACUUUUUUUUUUCCCCCCCUGGAAAGAAUAGUUUUCCUCAAAUACCCAGUCAUGAUUGUAUCUAUUUUGGAGAGGGAUGACAACAACAGUUUAUUUUGUUUCUGGAUUUCUACUUUGUUGGGUUUUUUUUUUGUUUGUUUGUUUUUUUGGUCAGCGGAUCUUAAAACAGGCCUCAACACGUUUUGCAUUGCAGCUCUUCCAUCGUUUUUACAUCCCACCACAGUGACAUGUUUAGGGAGGGGGUUUAAUAGUUUUACUAUUGUACAUCUGAAACCCCGCCCCCACCUCCCAAAGAGCUGAUGAGGCCAACUUUUGUUUAGCGUUUGGGUUGUAAUUGAUUUAAAAUUGGUGUACAUAUAUUUUCCAUCCUGGCCUCUGAGCUGAGAUUAAUUUGUAUAUUUUUUUUCUGUAUUUUUAUUUGGAUGCUGCAGAGGUUUGCGAAACGCCUGUCGGGCUCCUCCAUCUCCCUCCUCACUAAUUGCUCCCAGCCACAAAGUUUAAAUUCAUUGUUAGUAGUGUACAAAGUUGAGAAAUGGUGAAUUUAGAUACUGUAUUUUGUCAUGCAAAUGAAAGAUGGAAAAAAAAACUGUAUAUAGUUCAAAACAUUUACCCCCACGCCCUUAGAUUGGUUAUUUGUUGUGUGGAUAAAAACAACACACAAGUCCUCCCGAGCUGCUGUACAGUAUUGAGAUUUGUCUUUCCUUCAAGGCUUGGUAUAAGGUGUUAAGCGGCCACAUGCACCAAUGCGCCUUUUUUUUUUUGUUUGUUUUCUCGCCCCCUGUGUAUCGUUUGAAGUGAAGCAAACGUUUAGUCACACAUGAACAAUCCCACAAACUGGAUGUGAAAACCGCCAAGUCGAUGCGACGGCGGCGGGGGGGUUCGGUUUCUCGUCGUGUGACCUAAAAGAUUUCAAAAGUGGUUAUUUAGCUUUUUACAAAGACACAACAGUCACGUGAUCACUAUUUUUCAUUCGUGGGUGGGUGGGGGAACCAGGUGGCAAUAUAUCUUGAGACUUACUUUAUAAGAAAAAGGAAGAAAAAAAAUCAAGGAAAAACUCUUUUAUAUAUAGAUAUAUUAUUUAAUUUUAUUUUUUUGGAAAUAAAACUUGAAGCUACAAGAAUUAGAUAAUUUUGUUUUGUAUUGAAUAUAUGGUGAUGCAAAACGACACUGCAGACAGUCAUUCAGUUUGCCCUGGGAGUGUAUUAUACCAUCCUCUUUGAAGAAAUGUUUCAUGUACAUGAAUAUAGAUGUAAACAUAGUCACUGUACAAACCCAUGGCAACUGAACAAAAAUGUUUUGUUAAUAUCAUUUCCGCCCCCCCCCAAAAAAAAAAGAAAAAAAGAAGAGACUGGAAGUAAGACUAUUUAAUAUUAGUUAAGUAUUCAAAUGGAAUCUUUGACCACUUUUUUUCGUUCUCUUGUUAUAAAAUUUUGGUGCUUGCUGAGAGAAAGCAAAAAUAACUGUUGCUCCAUUUUCAUCUUUUUUUUAAGUUAUUUUGGUGGUCUGACUGUUUUUUUUUUGCCAAUAAAUUAAUUGUACAAUAAAGUAUGUUUGUACC